CGCAGGCAUCAUCCAGAACCACCAUCUUGCUCUCCUACCACCUCGUGCUGCCCAGCAGACACCAGCCCCGACAAAUCUCACAAUAUGUGCGGUAUCGUGAUCGCGCACGGCAUCGACAACCCCGCGGCGGAGCGGCCGCGUCUCCUCGCGUGCUCCAAGAAAAUUCGACACCGCGGUCCUGACUGGUCUGGGUGCUACAGCGGCAAGCAGACCCUGCUUGCGCACGAACGUCUUGCUAUCGUCGGUGUCGACACUGGCGCGCAGCCGCUCGUGAGCACCGAUGGAAAGAUCAUCCUCGCCGUCAACGGCGAGAUCUACAACCACCUGAAGCUGCGCGGCCAGCUGAAGAACCCGUACAAGUUCAAGACCCACUCCGACUGCGAAGUCAUCAUCCCUCUUUACCAAGAGCAGGACACGGGUGUAUGCAACCUCCUCGAUGGCAUGUUCUCCUUCGUGCUCCUCGACGAGUCGGUCACCCCCUCCCGCGUGAUCGCCGCGCGCGACCCCAUCGGCAUUACCACGCUCUACCAAGGCUGGAGCUCAAAACGGCCCGGCUCGACGUUCUUCGCGUCUGAGCUCAAGGCGCUCACCGACCUGUGCGACAAGAUUAUCGCCUUCCCGCCCGGCCACGUUUACGACAGCCGCGACCAGUCCACGACGCGCUACUUCCAGCCUACGUGGUGGAACUCUGACCUCAAGAGCCCCGGCGGAUCCAUUCCCACUACACCCGCCGACCUCACGCUUCUGCGCGAGUCGCUCGAGGAUGCCGUCCGGAAACGGCUCAUGUCCGAGGUGCCGUACGGUGUUCUCUUGAGCGGCGGUCUCGACAGCAGCUUGAUUGCUGCUAUCGCGGCGCGCGAAACGGAGAAGGUUGCCCUGGCCCAGACGGAGGCCAGGAAACGAAGCCUCGCCGAGGCGAGGAGUGGCCCGCCCACCCCCGGAGAAGGCUUGAUUGAUGAGACUGCAACCCUCACGUCCUGGCCCCAGCUGCACUCGUUCGCCAUCGGACUUGAGAACUCGCCGGAUUUGCUUGCGGCGCGCAAAGCGGCGCACUACCUGGGAACAGUCCACCACGAGUAUACGUUCACCGUGCAGGAGGGCCUCGAUGCGAUCCCGGACGUCAUCUACCACCUGGAGACGUUCGACGUUACGACAGUGCGCGCGAGCACGCCGAUGUACCUGCUUAGCCGGAAGAUCAAGGCCAUGGGCGUGAAGAUGGUGCUCAGUGGCGAGGGCAGCGACGAGAUCUUCGGCGGGUACCUGUACUUCCACGCCGCGCCUGAUCCGAAGUCGUUCCACCAGGAGCUGGUGAAGCGCGUCAAGGACCUGCACACCUCGGACUGUCUGCGCGCGAACAAAUCGACGAUGGCGUGGGGUCUUGAGGCGCGCGUUCCCUUCCUGGACAAGGCCUUCCUCGAGGUGGCGAUGAACAUCGACCCGAAGGAUAAAAUGUUCAGCAAGGGCUCCGAGCAGGAGGUCGACGCGGACGGCUGCCCGAAGAUGGAGAAGUACAUCCUCCGGAAAGCGUUCGAUUGCGCGCCGGACGGCAAGCCUUAUCUCCCUCGGUCUAUCCUCUGGCGCCAGAAGGAGCAAUUCUCCGACGGCGUAGGGUACUCCUGGAUCGACGGUAUGAAAGAGCACGCCGCGUCCGUCGUGUCGGAUGAGGCGUUCGAGAAGCGCUCAGAACGCUGGCCGGACAACACCCCGGACACGAAGGAGGGGUACUUCAUCCGGGACGUGUUCGACAGCAUGUACCCCGCCGCUGCCGCAGAGACUGUCAUCAGGUGGUUACCGCGCGCAGAUUGGGGCUGCGCCUCGGACCCGAGCGGACGCAGCGUUAGCAUACACCAGGCGGCAUACACCGAGCCGAGUUAAGGGUCGGGCGCACAGCUCGGUACGGGAGAGGGGGCGGGUAGCACGCGAGCGGGAACGGAGCAGAAGCAGAAAGGAAGCGAUUGGAAGUGUACCACUGAUACAUGUUGAAUCUAGACCCGUAUAUAGCUGAUAAUCGGACAAACGAG